AUGAAUUUGCAACUCUCACUUACUCAAUAAUUGCUCAAUGAUUAUAAAAAGUUUUUGUACUGUUGGAUACAGUGUUAUAAUUAUCAAAUUAUAAGACUUGAUGUAGAAUUAUAACAAAAUCAAUUAAUCAAGGAUAUCAAUGAGUUUUUGAUCAAGGGAGGAUUCAAGACUUAGAUAGUAUUUUUUCUUUCCUUAAAGAAGGGGUAAAUUCAGAGAAGUAUGUUGAUAUAUGGAGAAAAUUAAAAGUAGAUUAAAAAGCAAUUGAGUGAAUUAAAAUUUGAGUAGCAACAGAGUCCUAUUGGGAAUUCAAUAUUGCUGAAAGAUAUAGAAUAUUUUUAUAGCAGAAAAAUAAUUGA